AUGAGUGGGUUUGAAAGAUCUGAAGCUGAAAUUGGUAUGGCCGCUCAAGAAUAUGAUGGUAAGGAUGCACCACAGGUUGUAGAUAAUUCCCUUAUCUUGGAGUUUUCCGACGAUAGCGAUGAGACCACAGAUGAGGAGACCACAGAUGAGGACGAAGAUGAUAGGAUGAUGUACUAUGAGAGGGCCGUUAAAGAAAUUGCUCGAGGGGAUACAUAUGUUUGUAUGAUCUGUACUGUUGAGAUGGAUUACACCUGUAAGAUGUUUGCAUGUUCCAAAUGCUACCGAGUAUUUGACUAUGACUGUAUUCGGGAAUGGGCCCUUAAGUCAACUGGCAGGACUAUGGAUAAGACUUGGAAAUGUCCUAAUUGUCUCGAUGAGAGCAACAAAGUUCCUAGGAAAAGUAGACCUACGUGUUGGUGUGGUAAAGUGGUAAAUCCAGAUCCGAAUCCGUUGGAUCCGAAUUCAUGUGGACAGACUUGUGAUGCUCCUAUAUGUGAGCAUGGAUGUUCUAAAGUUUGCCAUCUAGGGCCUCAUCCAGAGUGUACUAGAAUAAUUAGUAUAAAGUGUAAAUGUGGGAGGCAUACAAGAGAUGUCAGAUGCUCUGAAGUUGGUAGUGGUAGAAAUCAACAGUUCACAUGUGAAGAAAGUUGUGGACUAUUGCUACCAUGUGGGGUUCACAAAUGUUCUAAAAAAUGUCAUUCAGGUUUAUGUGGUGGGUGUAAUGAAACUUUGCAUUCGAAGCCCGAUAAGGGCGCUGUCAUUAAAUGUUACUGUGGAUUACAUGAAAGUCCAUCCAUUAGAUGUGGUGAUGUUCGAGUAGCAGAUAGAGAUUCUGUUGAUGAUCAGGGCAAUGGUUGGAUAGGUGUGUUUAGGUGUAAAGAUGUGAGAGUCGUUGAAUAUGCAUGUGGUCAGCAUUCUUUUGUGGAAAGUUGUAAACCGGCACCUUCUUUGCCUAAGCAAAUAGGGUGUCCGUUUUCACCUAACGUAUUGAGAAGCUGUCCCUGUGGUAGAACCCCUCUUAACAAGUUGGGCCAAGCGAGGGUUAAGUGCACUGAUCACAUACCAACCUGUGAAUCCAAGUGUGGUAAAAAGCUAGCAUGUGGGAAACAUACUUGUCCUUACAAAUGCCACGAAGGAGAUUGUAUGGAUCCCUGUGUACAAUUUGAGAAAACCAACUGUCUGUGUGAAGCGAGGAGUUUCCUGGUUCCCUGCCAAUUUCGUGAGGAUCCACGCUGUAACACUAAAUGUGAAUCUCUGAUGUCUUGCCGCCGUCACAGGUGUACGGAAAAAUGUUGCUCGGGGAAACCUGGCGCUGAAAGACGUAAGAAGACCCCAUUUACAUCUAGAGAGCUGUUAGAUGAAUCUCUAGUGGAAGCUGAACACGUUUGUUUGAAAAGUUGUAAUUUGACGCUGACGUGUGGCAGACAUAAGUGCCAAAGAAAAUGUCAUCCCGGCAGAUGUCCACCCUGCCUUGAGAGUGAUCCUAACGACCUGGUCUGUCCUUGUGGCAAGACUGUUGUAGAGGCCCCUGUUAGAUGUGGUACUAAGUUACCGCCAUGCCCUUACUCUUGCAUUAGCGUUGUCAGAGAUGGAUACCCAUGUGGACAUACACCUAUGCCGCAUCUAUGUCAUCCGCCGGAGGAAAAGUGCCCUCCAUGCACUGCUAACGUGAAGAAGCCUUGUAAAUGUGGUAAGAAAAGUGACGUGAGAACACUAUGCUUCCAACAAGAUGUUUCCUGUGGACAGAUCUGCAAUAAACCAUUGGGCAGCUGUCGUCAUACUUGUCAAAAGAAGUGUCAUGAUGGUGGCUGUCAAGUCAAGUGUAGGCAAAUUUGCGGCAAGAAAAGAGUUAAUUGUGAUCACAAAUGUCCAAAACCUUGUCAUGGCGGUGAACCUUGUCCUGAUUUUCCUUGUCCCUUCUCGGUGGUAAUUAAAUGUGCCUGUGGGAGGAAAGAAUCCACUGAACCUUGUGGCACUAAUUCUCAAACAUUGAGUGCAUCUGUUACCAGAGAACUGUCCUGUGAUGAAGAGUGUGAAAGAGUUAAAAGAUGCGCACAAUUGAAAGACGCCUUAGGCCUAAAAGAAAACGGUGAUUCAAGCGUGGAAAACACUGUGUCCAAUGCAUUAGUAGCAUCCAAUUUUGAAGAAUUGGGGUUACCUUUUAGAGAGACCGUACUAGCUAUUUAUUCCAGACAACAAAGAUACUGUGAUAACAUUGAAUCGGUCCUCAACAAUUUUAUUGAUGACGAAAAGAAAUCAAGUUUGCAUUUUAAACCUAUGAAACCUGCACAACGCCAUUUCGUACAUGAGUUGGCCAAAGCAUACAAGCUUUAUUCUGAGUCUCAAGAUCCUGAACCUAAGAGGUCUGUUUAUGUCAAAAAAGAAUUGAACGGGGAGAGCAACAAACCUUCCAUUACCCUUCAAGAGGCAUUACCUAUUUAUCAAGCAUUCAAACAACGUGAGAAGGAAACGAAGAUCCGUCGUUAUGAGAUGCAAAACGUGACUAAUUUGGUUAAUUUCGUUCCAAAGUUUGAACCUACAGUAGAAUUGGCAAAAUAUAACGGAUUCUUGAUUCGCAAUUUAACCGAUGGAACCAAUGGAGAAGAUUUACAGAGAAUUUAUGGGGAGCAUCUCAAACCUACCCUGGUUAGAAACCCUGUUUACAAGGCUUUACCUGAUAGAAAUAUUGCAUUAAUUUUUCCUGAAUCUUAUUCAGAUGUUACGGUGAAUACCGAAUGUGACAUGGAAAGACUGGUUGGUCAUUUUGAUUUUAUCUGUAAGGAAAUGUUUAUCGGUGAUGGUGUUGAAUUGUGUCAGGUGGGUGAAUACCUUCAACCUGAAGCUCCUACAGAGUCCAGCUAG